AUGUCGUUUGCCCUGCUCGAAGACGACGACGAGGUUAUCUCAGCGGUUCUAGCGCUGCUGGACGAGUCAAUUGAAGCGUCUGAAGCGCCAAUCAUCUCCUCACUCUCGCCACCUCAAGGCCCCGUCCUUUUGCCAUGUCCGAGCGAAUCUUCGGACGGAUCUCCCUUUGAAGCUGCACGCCCCGUGACUCCCAAUUCUAGUAAACACCGAAAUGGAGCACGUGAAUUGCGUCGUCAAGAGGUGCAAUAUCUUCGUACGCGAGUCCAGGAGCUGGACACGCAGUUCAAUGCACUGACACAAGCGGCAAAAGAACGGACGGAGAUGACACAAAUCAGUACAGAUCGAAACCAGGGCGAGGUGUCGUCUGUAUUGAUGGAUGUAUGGAAAGACCUGGCGACACGCCAAUUGGACCAACGCUUAACUUCAGAGCGGGAAAACAGUCGCCUUAAGAAUGCAUUGGCUGACCAGGAAACCGUGCGGCAAAUGCUGCAACGAGCGCUGAACACAAGAGUGGCACGACGCGUGAUUGAGACAAGUUUUGUGCAAGAAAAAAGAUCCAGGCGCGUGCACAGCGUGGCCCUAGAAACGGUGGAUCAGGAGUUGUUUGAAACCUUGAGAGUCGGUGUGGAUUCGGUGUACCACGAAGCGGCAAAAGUGUUUUUCCAAGUGGAUGCGGGCGACUUGACGCCUCCAGGCGUCUUUGGAGAGAAGACGCUGCCAUUUGAUCUAUGCACGACGGCAGAAGCCGCGUGGAGGUGUUUAGCCCAAUCGGUUCAUGAUGAAAAGUCUACGUUUUCACUUAGCAGUGGAAACGAUUGGAGCGAACUAACACAUGAUACGACUGUCGGGGAGAGCUUUGGCGUGGAAAUUGCCGUGGCAGAAAUUAUGGCAGAUUUUAGGAUCAAGCAAGUUUUCCGGCGAUAUGUGGAGUCAGAUCGAAAUGUGAUUGCGUGGAGGUCGUACAUUGAUCCGGCAAAGUUCAGGGACCAGCAAAUUGAGGGCGUCCGCUUCCAGGAAAAGGGAUCGAUAGAUAUUCGAAGGCUGUCGGAACUACAGCCUUCUGGUACCGAGUUCACACGACUACGCAUCUGGCAUGUCAUAACUCCGGAGAUGCGAAGUAGCACAAAAGGGCCCGCCGGUCAGUUUGUACAGGAGCUCACGAAUUUUGUGCUGGGCGGAUCGUCGUCUGCAAGUACAGUGCAGAUGAUCGAGAACAUGCUGAUGGAGCAGUCAAGAAGCAGAAGUACGAGUUGUACUGUAUAA